UUCGAAUAGUAAUGUAAAAUAUGAUUAUAGCAUGUGUUAUGUGAAAAUAUGAACCAUCAACCGAUAUUUGACUGUUAUAUUCUUAUAUUGUUACUGUAAUACUAUAGUUCUUAGUUGUUCUUAUAAUUUAUAUACUACCUGCUGAAGUUGAAUUAAAAAGUAAUACUUUUUUCUCGACUUCUACACCUUCUCAGUGAUUAAUAUUCAAUAGUCAUGAAUUGGUAAUAUUUGAAUAAUAAAAAAUUGAUUGUGUAUUUGUGUUACAUAUUAGUAUUUACUACAUUUUCCAUAAUAAAUAAAGACAUUUAAACUAAAAAAAUCAGUCGAUACUUCAUAGUGUAUUCGUUAUACCAUAAUUUUUUCCAUAGUAAAAUGUCUUUAAAAAGUGUUCUAAAAAAUAAGCUUAAGAUAAAAAAUCCAAUUAAGUCAAUGAAGAAAAAAAAUAAGUUAAAGCAUGCUCUCAAUAUAUCAUCUGCAGAUACUUAUAGUAAAAUUGAUGGAGAUAAUGUAAAAGAAUAUACCAUAACUGACAAAGAGGAAAAUAAAAAAAUAGCCCCUGAACAACUAUUAAAUGGUAAGCAUGGCAACGAAAAACAUAUUAAUAAUGAUGAGUCAAUAGAAUUUACAACCGUCACUAAGAAAAAACGCAAGUCUACAGAUAACGAUACAAGUCUUGAAAGUGUACCUAUAAAAAAAAAGGUAACUUUUGCUGCUGAUGUAAAAAGUGAAAAAGACGAACAGAAAAGCAGUGCUGGAAAAUUGAAACUAAUAAGCUUAAACAAACGGAAAAAAUUGAAUUAUAUAAAGAAAUUAAAGGCAAAAAAAAAUAAACAAAAAAAUGCGAAAAAGUGUGAAGAAAACGCCUCUGCUAUCAGUACACCUAGACAAGAACGAGCCAUGGAAUAUUUAAUGCAAUGGAAGAAUGACCGAUCAAAUUGGAAAUUUAAAAAAAUUUAUCAACUUUGGUUGAUUAAAAACACUUAUGACCCCCUAAAAGUAUCUAAAGAACAUUUUGACAUUUUAGUAGAAUAUCUUCAAACUAUUGAAGGUAAAAGUCGCAGUAUAAUUAUUCAAAGUGCUAAUACAGUUAUCUCAGAAUUUUCUACUUCUAAUGAAGGACAACAGGAAUUGAAUUCAUCACAAGAAGUUAAAUAUCAACGAGCAAGGACUAUUAUUCAAAUGUUUGAAUAAUACAUUUAAUAAAUUAUAUUUUUUUCAAAAUUAUAA